AUGAGCCUCCUCCAUCGAGCAAACGAUGCUCUCAGUGUCAAUCCCAUCUCAGGCGUCGACGAAGCUCUAAGUGUUCAUGGCUCCGACUGGCUCUGGGCAGUUACGGCCAUAUAUCUCGCCUCCUUUUUCAUCCUCCUGCCAAUGUCCUUCACCGGAAGGGAGAGCGACCGAGUCUUUCACUACCUCUUCACCUUCGUCCUCCUCGUCGGCGCAAUUACCUACUACGCACAAGCCUCGAACCUCGGCUGGAGUGCCGUCGAACAAGUCCACAAUCUCGACAACGGAGCCAUCCGCCAAAUAUUCUACGCAAAGUACAUUAACUGGGCCGUGGCGUUUCCCUCCCUCUCUCUCGCCCUGGGCCUUUUGUCCGGCGUCUCCUGGACAACCAUCAUCUGCAACAUUGCCAUCUCCGCAUACUGGGUCGUGAGCUACCUCGUCGCCGCCUACACGCCCUCCACGUAUAAAUGGGGCUUCUUCGCAUUCGGGACCUUCUCUUGGGUGAUUCUCGCUGCGAGCACACUCAACGAGUGCCGCGAGCCCGCGGCCAGGCUGGGGAUCCAGCGCGACUACAUGAUUCUGUCCGGGUGGCUGAAUAUCCUGUGGCUGCUGUACCCCGUCGCGUUUGGAUUGAGUGAUGGGGGAAAUUAUAUCAGUGUCACUGCGGGCGCGGUCUUCUUCGGCGUUCUGGAUGUUCUCAUGGUGCCGGUCUUGACGGGCGGGUUCGUGGUCUUGGGGCGGAACUGGGAUUUUCGCAAGUUGAGCAUUGCGUUUAGUGAUACGAGGCCGAGUAUGGCGAAUCGCGGGCUCGUGCAGGAGAUGAGGAGGACUGGUGAGUCUAUUGAGUAA